GUGACGCUGGAGCAAUGAGCUGCAUUGCUCGGUACCUGGAGGCAGCUGGGCAGCUCCUCCCUGUGAAACAGUCGCCAGGGCAGGAGAGGAGCUGGCAAACAGCUCCCUGCUGCAGCCGCGAGUCCCGGGGCGGGGCUGGGCUCAGAGCUCCCCCGGGCGAGGCAGAGGGCGCUUGGCCAGGCCGGGGGAAGGCAGGAAGGAGCGAGCAGGCUUUGCCCGGGCUUGGGAGCGCGGAAGCAGCAUGGCUUUCGGGAAAAGCCAGAAAGAUCCCUUCAGCACGGCCGUGGGGCACCUGAUAGAGAGAGCAACGGUCGGUGUGCUGCCCGCUGAGGAGUGGGGUCAGUUUAUGCACAUCUGUGACAUUAUUAACACAACGGAUGAGGGGCCUAAAGAUGCAGUAAAAGCACUAAAGAAAAGGAUUUCCAAAAACUGUAACCAUAAGGAGAUUAGAUUCACCUUGUCUCUUCUUGACAUGUGCAUGAAAAACUGUGGCCCCAGCUUCCAGUCUUUAGUUGUGAAGAAAGACUUCUGCAAGGACAAGCUGGUGAAACUGCUGCAUCCAAGAUACAAUCUGCCAGCUGAUACACAGGACAAAAUAUUGGCCUUUAUCAGGACCUGGGCCUAUGGGUUCCAAGGAACCGUGGAUGUGAGCGAAGUGAAGGAAGUGUACCUAGAACUGCUGAAGAAAGGCGUGCUGUUUCCAUCCUCUGAUGCCAACCCAGAGACACACAAGCGAGCUUCAUCUUGGCCCUCUGAAAAGGCACCACCUCCUUCUGCUGCCUCUGUGAAAAGUACUCCAGUACCUCGUCACCCAGCUCCAACAAUUACCUUGACUCCUGAACAGAUUGGGAAACUGUACAGCGAACUGGAUAUGGCGAAAAUGAAUAUGAAAGUCAUGUCAGUGAUAUUAACGGAAAAUGUUCCUGGGUCUGAGAAUCUUGACGAUAUGGAGCUCUUACAGAAACUGUACAAGAUAUGUCGGGUGAUGCAGGAGAGGAUCGUAGAACUGCUGGUGGCAGUGCAGAAUGAAGAUGUGAUAGCUGAAUUAAUACAAGUGAAUGAAGAUCUCAAUAACGUCCUCCUGGGCCAUGAAAGGUUUUCUCGGAACAGAGUGCGUUUCCUGGAGAAUCAGCGAAUCCAGCGUGAGCAAGCAAAAAUCUAUAGCAAACAACCAUCUGCUCCGUCAUGUGAUCUACUUGACGUCAAUUCAAGUUCUUCAAUUCCUGUGUCAGCAUUGGGGGGAACUGGCACCGAGACUCCUCAGUUUUCAGAAUUAAAUUGCAGAUCUACAAGUGCUGCGGAUCCAAGCAUCCACCGUCCUUUGCUCUACCCUCAGCUAGAUUUACUAGCUAUAGCAAAUGCUCAACAGCCCUCGUUUGCAACUGAAGCACAAAGCACAAGCCAAAGCGUCCCUGAUGUUCAUCUCUAUAACAAUCUUGCCACGGUUUUAAACCCAGUGCAUUUGCAGACCGUAAACCUCCAACCUGUUAAUGCCUCAUCACUGAAUGAGACAAAAUCAGGCGCAUCACCAGCAGACAUAUCAAAGAGCAGUUCACAGACACCUCAUUAUUAUGAGGUAAUGGAAUUUGAUCCUUUAGCACCAAGCUACAGCGCAGAAGUAAUUUAUGAAGAAAUUGAUGAUGAUUAUAUCUCCAAAUCAGAAGUUAAAAAGCACCCCGAUUGCUAAGAGUGGAAGGUGAACUCUCUUAAUGAAUACAAAAGUUAUUCUCUGAUGCCAACUGCUUUCUAUAACUGCUAUAGACUGCUUUCUAUAACUGACAAGUGAAUACAAGGAAAGUCUUGUUUGUUAUUUUGAACAUAGCAACAAAUAAGCAUUGGGGUCUUAUGCGUUACCCACUUCCAUGUGUUAUGUUUGGAUCUGCUUUCAAUUCUGAUCAUUGACGCUUUAUAUAAGCGAAGUAAGGUCCCAAGUCUGCACGCACUUAUUUUUCAAGGGGACUAUUAUUGUAUGUAUUUUUUGCAGGACUGGGGCCUGGAACAGUUUUGUGUGUUUGCAGAAUUGGGACCUGAAACAAAAUUGUCUACAGAAUAAUGCACUCUGACGCUAACUGAAGCAGAACACAAGCAGUCUUAAAUUACAGAGGAAAUCUUUGCUUCAAGAUUAACUAACAUACUGAACUGCUUUGUUUUUUAUGUAGCAAACAAUAUUAAACUACUAUUCAUCUACAGGAACUGAAUCACUCAAUCUGUUUUUUAGCAUUAGUGCUCUUAGUUGGACAAAUCAUGUGACACCAUCCCAAAAACCUAGAAGUUCUGUAUUUAGGAUCCUCUUGUUUUAGAUCUAUCGACUGUUGUGUGAAUAUACUCACUAUGGAACCUUUUUGUCUUUAUAUUUUGAAUACAGAUGUUACUUCCUUCUAAAACCUGAUUGAAGUGUCUAUUGUAAAACAAAGAAGAAAAAAACACACCUACAUUUUACAGAAGCUUUCGUUCGAUGUACAAAUUAAUGGGUUUUGCCUUAAUAAGGACCCGCUCUGAGUUGGAGCCUGAGUUCUUUCUUCCGGGCUUGUCAGAAUAGGAAGGGUUUUUUUUUUUUGUUUGUUUUUUUAAACCUCUCUGCUUACUUGUAUCACACCACAUACUCACUUUUAAUUUUAAUGUGCCUCUUUAAGAACUGGAUAUGAACCAAUCAAAACUUCCCUGAGUAUUGUUUUUAUUUUUCAGUUUUUAAUCCUAUAAGG